AACCUAGCUUUUUCUAAUGAAAAAAGAAAAGAAAAAUCACUUCUCACUCACCACCACCUUAGUUGUUAGUCCUCUUCCUUCUUUCACGCUGUUCCACCGCCGGCGUCGUGUCACCAUCACGCAUCUCUCACGCACUAGUUUGUCUUUGUCCUCACCGUCUCGCCUCCAUAUAUAGCUCGCCUCUGUCACGCCGUCGCUUGCCUCCGGCUCGUCUCGCCUCGCCUCUGUAUCCUCUCCGGUUCGAUUCAAACGUAUACACAAGUUUCCUCGCUCUUGCAUUCACAACCUCUUCUAAACCCUAGUUCUUACCUCUCGCCACCACAAGCUUUGUGACAGUGAGGUUUUGAAGCAUAGCAUACAAAAGAAGUAUCGUCAAAUGGCUGACCAAGGAUUGGAAGAGAACCAAUCUGUGAAUCCAGAAAAGCAUCCUUCUGGGAUUAUGCCUACCAUUAUAAAUGUUGUGUCAACUGUCAAUUUGGGUUGUAAGUUGGACCUUAAAUCCAUUAAGCUUCAAGCUCCUACUGCAGAGUACAAUCCCCAGCGUCAUCCUUCUGUGAGUAUGAGGAUCAAGGCACCAGAAUCAAAAGCACAAAUCAGUUCUUCUGGAAUUAUGGUCUGUACUGGAGCUAAGAGUGAGAGCCAGUCAAAAUUGGCGGCAAGUAAGUUUGUAGCAAUUAUUCGGAAGAUGGGCUUCCCAGCUAAAUUUAAGGAUUUUAAGAUUCAAGAAAUUGUUGGAUCAUGUGAUGUCAAGUUCCCCAUAAGGCUUGAGCGUCUUGCUAAUUCCCAUGUCUCUUGCACUAGUUAUAACCCAGAGUUAUUUCCAUGGCUAAUCUACCAAAUGAAGCAACCAAAUAUAGUCUUAUAUAUAUUUGAUUCUGGAAAAGUUUAUCUGAAAGGAACCAAGUUGAGAAGUGAGAUUUACACAGCCUUUGAGAAUAUAUAUCCCGUGCUUACUGGGUUCAGAAAAAACGAACAAUGCAGAUCAUCGUCAAGUUCAAGAGCGAGGUUUUCUGGCUGCAAAGGUUGUCUGUCGCACGGGCUUGAUCAAUCUGUACACUAAAAAUUAGAUGUGUGAAGAACCAUAUUGUUGACUGUUAUUUGUAUAAUCCCCUGCAAAUAGGAAAGCGAUUUUCUAGUUUUAUAAAGGUUUUAGAUUGGAAGGGAAAUAUGACUUAUUGGUUUUACUUUUUCUCUUGUAAAAAUUUAAGUUUAUUCCUUUGGGUAAUGUUAGGCUUGAAACAGCAGAUGAUGAUUUAGCAAUUAUCAAUGUUCAGUUGCCAAAUAGGAAUAUGAAAACCUAUAGUUUGUUGUUACCUGGUCGA